AUGCAUGAGGCUGCAGACGAGGCCGCAUGCUUCUCUGACUCUAUGGCCCUGUGGGUCUCCAGGAGGCACGUGGAGGGUGUGAGGCAGUGUCUGAGCAGAAUCCUGCCCUCGCAGAGGAGGAACAUGAUCUGCCCCAGGUUUGAAACCGAUUCCACUGGCUGCUGCGUCCCCAACUGCCUGCAUUUUUUUUUUGUCAAAUGUGAUUACUUCUGCAUCCUGAUUCCCGAUGGUGACUUCAUUUUUUAAGCGGGAUACUCGGCCUGCUUGGUGCAGGAGGAGAAAGCAAAUUACAGGCUGGGAAUCAGAAUAUUUCAGAGACGGGUGAAGGGGUUGCAGCAGAGUGACCGCUACAUAAUGAAGUGCUCAGUGUUAAGGUCCAGGCUGGGCCAAGAGAGCGGCCACUGCCGACCCAUGUCCACGCAGUCCGGAGCCUUCCCUGUGACGGAGAGCGGGAACUUCGAGGCGGUCAGCCUCCGGCGGCUGGGCGCUCCGGGCCCAGGCGGUCCAGGGAGCCUCAGGGAAGCUGGCCAUAGGGUAGCCCUGAGCCUGGGAUGGGCUGAGAUGGCCGCCCCAUCCUCUGGACUGUCCUCCACGGCCAGUCCUCCUGGCCGGGGCCCCCUCCCUGUGCGCUUUACACACCGCUGUUUGGAGACGGUGUUGGCUGGCCCAGCCCACAGAUCCGGGAAAGCAUUGCCUGCCUCAGCGGCCGCAUCGACCACUGCUCCCUGCCCACCAUCCCCAGGACCCGAGAACCCAACAGGAAUGCCUUCUGCUGCCUCUUCCCAGUUCCAAACGGCGGGACCAGCCGCCAUGGGAGUUUCUCGGCGCUUCACUCACCAACCUCUCGCUGGACAGAGCAAUGCAGUCAGCACGGUCCUAGGCUCCCUGGGAAAAGCGGGGUCCCCCGGACACCCUGACUUCGGCCACGCUGUCCUCGGGUGCGAGGACCUCCUCCACAGCCCCCUCCCUGGGGUCUCGAGGCCUUCUGUCACCCUAACUGAUGGUCUAGGAACUCUCAGGCCAGAGCAGGCCCCCACCCAGCCACCAGGAAGUCCCCUUCUGCUGGGGACACAUCCACUGCCCUAA